UUAGUUUAAGAACGUUUAAAUAGAAUCCGCACCUAAAUACCUAUCAAUGUAAACUGAUACCCGCUUUUUUUCACGCCCGAUGAGUCGUUCUAGUUUGUCGCUUUAUUUAAUGUAUACAUGAAUCAGAUAUCCGAUAUAUCCAUACCUUGGCUUUCCCCGUCAGUGUCUUAAAUCGUGCAUUUGUGUUUUAACUAUCUGUAUAUUGAAUUGGAUGGACUUGAUAGCUGUUUAAGGUAGAACUUCAAUUCAUUGCUCCGGAAUUUGAAUCUGCCACAGUACCUACAAUGUGGCGCUGAUUUGUUUGUGUUUUGUACAAGACCCACUUGACACCGGCGAUAUGCAAUUAAACAUGACAGAAAAUACAAUAUGAGAAAAUUUGGCAAAUUAAUUUAUGUUGCAUCGAGUUCUCUCGAUUGACGGAAUCGAUAGCACAGUGUGAACUUACUUUAGGAAAUUUUCCGACGCACAAAUCGAGCAUGCCCACAAUGAAUACAAUUUAUUGAUGAUCAGUUAUAGUUGUAUCACUCGGCAUUAUUGACGCACUCAUCGAGAAAAUGGUGGACAAUAUAAGGCAACAUGCAUACAGGAUUCUACCUAAGAACGAAGGAUUUUCAAGCACAAAUGGCUCAAACGGCAAGGGCGUAGACAUUGCAAACGGGAUAUCAGUGAGGACUGAGUAUCCCGGAAGUCACAUGGUCACCGCGCUGCGUGUAGUUGCAGCGUCUAUUGGCGUCCUGGUUGUGUGUAAAUCAACUUUAUGUGACAGAGGUUUGGAGCAUAUGUACAGGAUAUGCCUGAACUCGCGGUUCUUUCAAUCAGUGUACUUUGAAACUAUCUUUGCCACCCUCUGUUACGCUAUUAUCAUUCCAAUCUGCCCAUGGCUAGUCGACAAACUAAGAUGUAUGGACAAAUUUAAGAUCAAUCCUUCAGUGAAGUACGAAUCGGUUUCUGUAACAAAAAUUGUUCGUGACGCAUUGUUUUACACCAUACCUCUAAUGCUACUAGAUACAUUUAUGGUUAAGAAAUAUGAAGGUGUUGGUAUAGACCCAGUGAUAUGGCACGCGAAAAGACAAUCCGCAAUUCAAACAACGAGGGCCUUACCUGAAUCUGCCCCGUCCACUUUUGAUCUCAUAUGGCAAUUAGUCGCAAGCAUAAUUGUGUAUGAUGCCAUAUUCUUUUUGAUUCACUUGCUACUCCAAAAGAUCCGUGUACUGUACAAAUACGUGCAUAAACACCAUCACGACCAUGGUAUGCUUCAUGCCCAUGUAACGAACCAACUGUCUGUAGUAGAAAGAAUUACUUUAGUUCUCUCGGCAAAUUUUUCUUUGAAGAUAUUUUACAGCCAUCCCCUUACACGAACUGUGUUUAUACCUGUAUUUAUAUGGAUGCUGGUAGAAAACCAUUCAGGAUACGACAUGCCUAUCGGCUUACAUCGUCUUCUACCGUUCGGAUUGGCAGGUGGCCCAAUUAAACAUUUCGAGCAUCACGUUAACGGCCAGCGAUGUUAUCAGCCAUUUUUUACUUACUUGGACACGCUACUCAAUCACAUUUCGUGUAUUAACUUGAAAAUGCGUUAACAUGAAACAAUAAAACUUUUAUUUUGUAUGGUCUCAUAAAUAUCCAUAUGUAAUGUAAAAACUUAUGAAAUUGUGUUUUAAAAAUAUGGAUAUUCACGCACUACUUUAUCGAACUCCGGACUCAUAUUUGAGCUUUGACUUACAAAAAACUUACUUGGAGGAGAAAAACAGUCUUAUUUAACUUAAAUAAUAUACUAGCAAAUGACAAUGCUUUGCUUGUUAUAUAUAUAUACUGUGUUUUGUAUACAGUGGAACUUACGCGAGCGUUACUUUGAUUAGGAAAAAGCAAUGUUAUGCUCAUAUAUGGAUGAUUUAAUAUAUGUUUUUUCCUUUUGUAACAGAUUACAAAUAAAGGCUAUAUGUACAAACAAACCAUCUAAAUUGUUUUAAGGACAUAGACACAUAAGAAAUAUGUCUCAAUUUCAUAUUCGUCCAGCGUAGCUCCAGCCCAGCCUGCGCAUCCGAGCGGUCUGGUCAGGAGCUUUCCUGUCUACUAAUGAGACGACGAAACCCUCGUGAACUUAUAAUGGGAAGGUUCUAGAUUGCGUUAAUUCGCAGGCUAGUCUGGAGUUAUGCUAGCCUCAUAGCUUCACUUUCAUUUUCGCAUGACGGGACUUAUACAUUUUCGUUGAUUGGAAGUGCCCGUUCAUUCCUUAGCUAUCUGUUCAUAUAGCUAGGAAUAUUUCCAUGUUUUGUAUACGUAACGUGGAUGAAAUAAAAAGAAUUGUACCUAUAUUAUCAAAAUAAUCUUAAGUUAUGGUAAUAGAUCUAUUAAGUGUUUUAUAGAAUAACUAUAAUUGUAAGUAGAUAUAAUUUAAUUAUCGUCCAAUUAACAAAGUACUACAGUCUUAUUAUUCAAUAAAGCUCAGAAGUCCAUGCUUAGUCGAUGGAAUUGUAUUAAAUUGCUAAUUGAUAUCUCACAAAGCAAGAAAAAGUGAACAUUUAUUUUUUUAAUUUCAAAUAUAUGAAAUGAUUCUUUGCAUCGUUGUCACGUAUAAUAUAUUGAUCGAAACGUUAUCGUUAGUAAAAUAUAUAAAAAAGGAAUAGUUUGCUAUUGUACAUUCAUUGUAACUUAUGGCCUGUGUUAAAUACUUACAAUUUAAAAUAAGUGCAAUAAUUAUAUCCUGCACAAUCUAACUCGAUCAUCGCCAUGUCAAGAUGGGUUUGAAAUGGUUUAACGUAACAGUGCGCGAACUCAGUUCAUUAUGCAGGGGCGUAGCUUAGGCAUAAUACAAUUUUAGGGCAAAUUAUUUUGUUGUCCCUGGACAUUCCCAGAGACUCUGUUUUUGGACAUAUAGUGUCUUAGAUGCAUUUUGUUGUCUAUUUACCAGAAAUUUUUA